AUGAAGGAAACCUGCGGAAUGGCAAUGGUGCUGUUUCUAGCCAACUUGUUCCUGCUCUUUAUUCCACCUGUGCUUGCUCAGAACCCUGGAGUCAUCCACAUCAGCCCAGAAAAAGGAGGAGAUUACUGCUUCCUCUUCCCUUCACAAUGGAUGAAAUCUCAUCAAGACAGUCGGAAAAAUUGCUGGCUUGACCCCGAGCUCAGAACUCAGAACAUGACUUACUCAGCCAUGUGUUGCCCACCUUCGUUCUUUGGGGAGGAAGACAAUGAUGGAGGUGGAUUCAGCACAAGAAUUGCAUCUGUAAGGGAGGGCAACUGCAAUCUCUUUGAGAAUGCCAGACUCCAUCAAAUUAAUGGAACCCAGGGGCUGUUGACUCUUGGUGGAGACGCUCCAUAUCCCAUGAGAAAUUGGAAAUCUGGAUACAACUGGGGUCACUGUGAGGAGAUCACUAUCCCAGGGAUUCUUCUAAAAGAUAUGGACAUUCUCUACUUAUUGUUUAAGAACUUGAUCAGGGAUUUGCUGUACAAAACUGGGAUUAUUUAUGUGAUGUCAAUGUGCAUAGUCAUCAUAGGAAGCUACUGGGCAGGAAGCAGAGAGAGAAAAAAGCAACUAUAUGUUGAACGCCAAUGCCACACAGAAGAUGAUUUUAAUGAGGUAACAAUUGAUACCAAUGUCUACUUCACAUGUACUUGUACAGCAAUGGCCACCAUCAUGCUUCUUGCUCUCUACUGUUUCUAUGAUUACCUGGUACACGCAAUGAUUGGCAUUUUCUGUCUAUAUGCAUCUUUCAGUCUAUAUGGUUGUUUGGCUCCAUUUGUAAGCAAGCUCCCAUUUGGAAAACAUGUAAUUCAUUUUCCAUAUUUUCACAAAGGUCUGGAGAUCAAAACACUGUUUCUGGCAGUCCUGAGUAUGUCCAUCAAUGCAAUUUGGGUUAUCUUCAGAAACGAGGAUGGGUGGGGCUGGGUUCUGCAAGAUAUUUUAGGAAUCUCUAUUGGCAUUUACAUUCUGAGAACAGUCCACAUGCCUACUUUAAAGAACUGUAGCUUAUUUCUAUUAGCUCAUUUGUUUUAUGAUGUACUCUGUCUGUUCGCUACUCCUUACCUGACCAAAGCUGGAAAAAGCAUCACAGACAUGACAGCUUAUGGAUCAUCAGACUCUGAAGAGAUGCCUUUUCUGUUGAAAGUACCAAUAUUACCCUCAACAUCAAUUCUUGAUUAUGGUUCUUUUACUGCUGUAGGCCUUGGAGAUAUUAUACUUCCUGGGUUCCUAGUAGCCUACUGCCACAGAUUUGAUGUUCAAGUCAACUCCUCAGGGAUCUAUUUUCUAGCCUCUACUCUGGCUUAUAGUUAUGGUCUCUUGGUGACUUUUGUUGCAGCAACAUUCUUACAGACAAGUCAGUCAACGCUCUUAUACAUGGUGCCCUGUAUACUCAUUACUACCAUGGCUGUUGCUGCUUCUCGCCAAGAGGUGGUCCUUUUUUGGACAGGUGUGGGCUCUGCAGAAGACCUGUCUCAACCUUAUUUGCAAAAAGUCACCAAGCAUCCAAAUACGUUUAAAAAUUCAGAGGGACAACUCUGUCAAGAAGGAGCAGGAAAACCAAUAGUCAACAUCACAUUCCACAGGGAAGAGCUAAAUAGCUUCAGCAUAUCCACCAGAGAGAUGUCCGACCUGGACAUGGACACUGAAGAGAUGACUAAGUGCAUUCCAAGUCCUAAAGAACCAGACACUCAACAUGAGGCCUACCAAAAGGAAGAGGCUUAA